AAAUUUUCCAAAAAAUGAAACCCUCAAUUAUUUCAAAUGAUGAUAAACGAAAUGUCGAAUUUCUUAAAACUUGGGCGUUAUAGACACGUCAUUUUCAUUUUGGGUGACUGUACUUAUCAAUAGCAACUCGUACAGGAUGUAUAAUUUUUCAUUUUGCUUCUGCAACUAAUUAAGUCGCAUGGGGAACACGUUUAUUGCAUAUUUUUAAUAAAUUAGCAUGUUUAUAUAGCAGUGGGAGUUAGAUUUCUUAAUAAAACGUUGUGCAUGACUAGGUAAUAUGGUAAUGGUCUUUUGUAUUCAUAAUUGCUGGAACAAUGUAAGAAUUUUUGUUUUGUAUUUUUUAUAAUAAAAAAACAGUUUUUUAUAUUUCCCGCCUCAGCUGUCAACAAAAACAUAACCACAAAAAAUAUUGUAAUAUAACCUCCAAAUAACUUGUUGCGGCAUGUUUUUGUAAAAAAACAUUUGAAAUAAUUAAACAAUGUUUACGACUAAAGCUUUUAUUAAAAAGAACAAAGUUGGGAAUUAUCUGAAGCACGUUCGAGAACAUUAUAUUCGUGAUGACAUUUCUUGUGGUCUUCAAGAGUGUGAAACUUGUUUGCCAGUGGAGUCAUUCCUGUCCCCAGACCACGAAAACAAAUGUUCUUUAUUUACUUCUAAUCAUUAUCUAAUACUAGACACAAAUGUUGUUCUUGAUCAGAUGGAUAUUUUGGAAGAGUCCGUCAUUGGUAAUGUGAUAAUCCUCCACACAGUUUUAAACGAGGUGAAGCACCGAAGUCUACCAAUUUACAAACGCUUGUGUGCUGUAAUUGAAAAUCCGAGUCGUCAUUUUUACGUUUUUAUAAACGACCACCAUCAAGGCACUUAUUUGCAACAAAACGAAGGUGAAUUAAUUAAUGAUUACAAUGACAGGUGUAUUAGAGCUGCGUGUUCCUGGUACAUAAACCAUGCCCCUAAACAAAAAUUCGUUUUCCUCACUGACGACUCAGCUAAUCGGAUUAAAGCCCAAAAAGAGGAUAUACCUUCUUACACCGUCUCGGAAUAUGUGCAAAAUCUCAACACUUCGGGUCUUACCGAUAAAUUAUCGAGGAAAGAUUUUCACGGAAAUGAUUUUACGAAAGACGUUUUUCCCAACCAUUUGAGUAAUGUUGAGCUUUUGACUGGCAUAAGAGAGGGAAAGCUGCUCCAGGGGACUUUCCGAGCCUCUCGAGAUAAUUUCUUGGAAGGUUUUGUCAAUGUGGAUUCGUACGAAGAGCCGGUGAUAGUUCAGGGUCGGGCUGGCCUUAACCGCUCAGUGGAUGGUGACACUGUAGCUGUUGAGCUUUUGAAAGAGGAGGAAUGGGUGUGUCCGAGUGAAAUAAUCCUAGAGGAUGAAGGGGUUGGUGAUGAGAGUGUUGACGAUGUUGUGACAAAAGAAAACGAGUUACAAAAAGCGACAAAGAAGAAAAGUGGAGCUAAACCUACAGGACGUGUUGUUGGAAUUAUUCGUAGAAAGUGGAGACAAUAUUGUGGCAUUUUACAAGGGGGCAUUGAUGGUGUUUAUCAGAUGUUUGUUCCAGCUGAUAAAAGUAUACCCAAAAUUAAAAUAGAAACGAGACAAGCGGAGUUUCUAAGGACUCAGAAAUUGAUCGUUACGAUUGAUUCCUGGCCCAAACAUUCACGCUAUCCUCAUGGUCAUUUUGUGCGAGCUUUGGGCAACAUUGGGGACCAAACCACCGAAAACGAGGUCAUUUUGCUGGAACAUGACGUCCCUCACAGCCAAUUCUCUGAGGAAGUUCUCAAUUGUUUGCCCAAAAUGCCUUGGAUCAUAACCGAUGAUGACGUCAAAAAACGAGUCGAUCUCAGACACCUUGACAUUUGCUCAGUGGAUCCCCCAGGUUGUACCGACAUUGACGACGCCCUUCAUUGUCGUCCACUAGCUGACGGCAAACUUGAAGUUGGUGUUCAUAUUGCCGAUGUUUCGCAUUUUAUAAGACCUGGAACGCCUCUAGAUCGCGAAGCUGCUUCUAGAGCCACCACAGUGUAUUUGGUUAAUAAUCGAAUAGAUAUGGUGCCAGCAUUGCUCAGUUCAAAUCUUUGUUCGUUACGAGGAGGAGAGGAAAGAUUCGCGUUUUCUUGCAUUUGGGAAAUGGACCAAAAUGCCAAUAUUUUAAGUACGCGAUUUCAUAAAAGUAUAAUUAAGUCGAGGAAAGCAAUGACUUAUGAAGAGGCGCAACUGAUUAUUGACGACAAGACCAAGCAGGACGCUCUGGCCGAGGCCUUGAGGAGCUUGAACAAGUUGGCCAAAAUUAUGAAGCAGCGCAGACUGGUUAAUGGAGCUUUAGUUCUUGCAUCGCCUGAGGUAAAAAUCCAGAUGGACUCCGAGACGAUGGAACCCUUGGACGUGGAAGUGAAAAAACUGUUUGAAACAAAUUCCAUGAUUGAGGAAUUUAUGCUGCAAGCAAAUAUAAGUGUCGCUGAAAAAAUCCUUGAGGAGUUUCCCGAUUGUGCGAUGUUACGUCGUCAUCCCGUCCCUCCAGCUACUAAUUUCGAUCCCCUGGUUAAAGCAGGCCGUCACCUUGGCUUUGAAAUUAGAGUGGAUUCAGGCAAAAACUUGGCAAAAUCACUCGAUGAAGCAGUAAACACAAAAAAUCCCUAUUUGAACACAAUGUUCCGAAUUUUAGCCACACGUUGUAUGCUACAAGCUGUUUACUUUGUCAGUGGGACGUACCAAAAGGAGGAGUACUUCCAUUAUGGUCUAGCUGUGCCUUUGUACACACAUUUCACGUCACCAAUUCGUAGAUACGCCGAUAUCAUAGUCCACAGGCUACUUGCAGUUAUCUGUGGUGCCGACUCCACUUAUCCGGACCUUUUGGAUAAGAAUAAAACGACCGAGUUGUGCCAAAAUUUGAACUACAGGAACCGAAUGGCUCAAUAUGCUGGAAGAGCCUCAAUUGCGUUCAACACACAUUUGUUUUUCAAAGGGAAACUACAAGAUGAGGAAGGUUACGUGUUGUAUGUCCGUAAAAACGCCCUGCAAGUUCUUAUACCACGAUAUGGCCUGGAAUGUACCCUAUUUGUGGCCAAAAAAGGCGAAACGUCCAAUAUUUUUGAAUACAAUGAAGAGGACCAGACACAAAAAGCCGGAAGUGUGGUUAUUCACGCUUUUGACCCCGUUGUAGUCCGACUAUCGCUUGAUUCUAAUAACAUUCAACACGAAAAAUUUGUUUUACAACUCGUUAAACCUUACGUUGAGGGUUUCAGUGUUGCGCCACUGGAAAGUAACGAUGAAAAUAUGAAGCGCAAGCAACCGGAACCAGAGACAGGUAAAAAGAAAGGGCGUAAAAGACACAAAUGAUUAUUUUAAAAAACGGUUUUUAUUAAAAUAAAUGUUUGACGACUUGUUUGUCGAAACCACAAGA